AUGGUGAUGCAAGAGAAUCAGAAAUCGGAUCGUCUUAACAAAGUUGCAAAUGGUUUUCUAUUCUACAUUAUGCAAGGUGAAACUAAACCAGAAAUUAAAUAUCUUAAGAAGCCGAAAAUCCCAAAAAAAGUUUCUGGGAAGAGAUAUUUGUGUAAAUCUAUGACUACAGCAAUCCUUAUCUUGGUUUUUCCAAUUAAUGCAGCGGCAUGUGCAAAGUCAAGUGCAUAUUUCAUGACGUCUAAAAUGUUGCCUUUGAAGAUCAACGAUGAGAAAAUGAAAGAAAUACAAAUUCUUAGUUCUCUGUCUUUUUUUAUAACUUCAGGUUGCAAUCUUCUUAGCCACUUUGAUACGCUUGACUUCUUGUUUUCACCGUGCAAGAUCCUCAUGGUGAAGUUCUUUAAAGGUUAA